AAGAGCGCCACGCGGUGGGCGAGGGGAUGUCCUAGUAAAUUCGCAGGUCUCUUGACUCUUUCCGCCUUUGUUUACAACCCUGCCAUGAUCUCCCUGUUGCAAAAGCGAGGGCUACAGAACAGGCAUUCAAGUGUCCUGUGCUCCAGUAACAGCCUUUUCUGUUCUUCCGCUAGGAGACACCAAACCCUCAGGAAGAUUUACUAUAGCUGAGAGAAAACUGAAGCAGAAAGGGCGCGGCUACCUACUUCUUAAAUUCCGUUUGUGGACCCUCAGACUCUUAGUCCCCUACUCCCAGAUACAGCGGCUCUACCGUGGCUCCUGGCAAGGUGGCACCCACUUUUGUAGUAAGCAUGGAUCUCGGAAUCCCUGACCUGCUGGACGCUUGGCUGGAGCCCCCAGAGGAUAUCUUCUCGACAGGAUCCGUCCUGGAGCUGGGACUCCACUGCUCCCCUCCAGAGGUUCCGGGCCUUCAAGAGAGUGAGCCUGAAGAUUUCUUGAAGCUUUUCAUUGAUCCCAAUGAGGUGUACUGCUCAGAAGCAUCUCCUGGCAGUGACAGUGGCAUCUCUGAGGACCCCUGCCGUCCAGACAGUCCCCCUGCCCCCAGGGCAACCAGUUCUCCUAUGCUCUAUGAGGUUGUCUAUGAGGCAGGGGCCCUGGAGAGGAUGCAGGGGGAAACUGGGCCAAAUGUAGGCCUCAUCUCCAUCCAGCUAGAUCAGUGGAGCCCAGCAUUUAUGGUGCCUGAUUCCUGCAUGGUCAGUGAGCUGCCCUUUGAUGCUCAUGCCCACAUCCUGCCCAGAGCAGGCACCGUAGCCCCAGUGCCUUGUACAACCCUGCUGCCCCGUCAAACCCUGUUCCUGACCGAUGAGGAGAAGCGUCUGCUGGGGCAGGAAGGGGUUUCUCUGCCCUCUCACCUGCCUCUCACGAAGGCAGAGGAGAGGGUCCUCAAGAAGGUCAGGAGGAAAAUCCGUAACAAGCAGUCAGCUCAGGACAGUCGGCGGCGGAAGAAGGAGUACAUUGAUGGGCUGGAGAGCAGGGUGGCAGCCUGUUCUGCACAGAACCAAGAAUUACAGAAAAAAGUCCAGGAGCUGGAGAGGCACAAUAUCUCCUUGGUAGCUCAGCUCCGCCAGCUGCAGACGCUAAUUGCUCAAACUUCCAACAAAGCUGCCCAGACCAGCACUUGUGUUUUGAUUCUUCUUUUUUCCCUGACUCUCAUCAUCCUGCCCAGCUUCAGUCCAUUCCAGAGUCGACCAGAAGCUGGGCCUGAGGAUUACCAGCCUCACGGAGUGACUUCCAGAAAUAUCCUGACCCACAAGGACAUAACAGAAAAUCUGGAGACCCAAGUGGUAGAGUCCAGACUGAGGGAGCCACCUGGAGCCAAGGAUGCAAAUGGCUCAACAAGGACACUGCUUGAGAAGAUGGGAGGGAAGCCAAGACCCAGUGGGCGCAUCCGGACCGUGCUGCAUGCAGAUGAGAUGUGAGCUGGAACAGACCUUCCUGGCCCACUUCCUGAUCACAAGGAAUCCUGGACUUCCUUAUGGCUUUGCUUCCCACUGGGAUUCCUACUUAGGUGUCUGCCCUCAGGGGUCCAAAUCACUUCAGGACACGCCAAGAGAUGUCCUUUAGUCUCUCUCUGCCUGAGGCCCAGUCUGCAUUUGUUUGCAUAUAUGAGAGGGUACCUCAAAUACUUUUGUUAUGUAUCUGUGAUUUUAUUUCUUCUUCGGGGAUAGGGUUGAGGGGAAAUAAGUUUUGAGUGAGAAAUAAACGUUUUAGCUGAAA